AUGCUCGUACCACCGGUAACCAAACUGCAUCAGCAGAGAACAGACAACACAACCAUGCAGUAUAACGAGGACCUUAACACCAUACAACAUGAACUAAUUAACAUGCUGACUGCAGACCAUCUCGACACACCCGAAAUCACAAACAGAAUACUAAAAUUCCAGCAACUUCUCGCAUGCUCGAAACUACUAGUAGAGAAGAGCCACCGUGACCUAAACUUAUCCCACUCAAACAUUACCGCAUUGGAAUACAAUGCCACUUCUAUACCACGUGACCUGGUCCAGCAGCUGUCCCAGCUCCUUCAGUGGGAAAACUUCCUGAUUGACUACAAACGCAGGCUAGACGAAACCAUCAUCCAGCAACACUCGGACGCACUGGAAAAAAGGAAGCACACACGUGCAGCCGCCGUAGAAGUUGCCGCCACCGCUGCCGCCCCGCACCCGUCCACCUCCUGCUCCUCCCCCUCACAGACAGCGACUUCGUCGCUGUCUGUGAGGGAUCGGCUCCUGAACACGAAUAAGGCAAUCACAUCAAACCUGAUCCGCUCAAAUCACGUGCUCCAAAGCUCCGUGCUCCAAAGCAGCCUCAAUCUGGAUGAGCUAUCCCAGCAGACAACAUCCCUAAGCCAAUUGAACUCCAAAUUUGACCAACUUAACCUUCUGCUAGGUCGCUCGGCGACCAUGGUGAAGACCAUAGAAUCCUCUUCCGGCCGCGAGAAACAGCAGAUCUAUAUUGCUCUCUCAUUUCUUGGUGCUUGCAUAGCCUGGGUCAUCUGGCGGCGUUUAUUACGUGCUCCUCUCAGACUAUCAAUCUGGUUAUGGUUCCGUUUUUUCCGCGCAAUUCUAGUCACAACAGGACUUGCGCCAACAAUUUCAGACGUAUCCUUCACAGCGUCCUCCACGGCACUAGCUGCCGCUACCACCACGGCUGCCACUGCUGCUGUCCCAGAAACGAUCCUGCUAGCCACAUUACUGUCUAUUUCAUCCUCGUCGGCCGUGGAAAGAGCUGUGGAUGAGGCUUUUACGCGAAUCGUCGAUGAGUUAUAA